CAAUGCACGUUGAAUACACAAAGUCAAAAAUAGAUUAUCAAUAACAGUUGUCGAGUAGUGUAUUGGUGAAACGGUCUAUUAUUUUUGUGGUAGUGAUUUUACCGUUAGUAAUUAAUGGUUGUUGGAUUUAAAAAAUAAUAACUGUUAUAUAAGACACAUUUUGUUCUCUGAAUAAUAUUUUAUCGAAUAAAGUUCAGUUUAAAGGUAGGCCACGAUUUUCACGAGAAUGUCAGAACCGGAGCAUGUAGACAGUAGUUCUGAAGUACUUCUUAGAGGAGGAACCAAACCAAAUAAUUUAAAUAAUUUUUCAAACGGAAGAUCAACUGGUGCCAUGGAAAAAUAUUCGCUAGACUAUCAAAAUUUGGAAAUGGAAUGUAUAAGACUUCGGAAAUAUUUGUUUGGGUUGACUGCAGUGGUAGUCGCUGGAGGACUUAUUUUAGUGGUCACAAUAUCUGUACUUUUUGGAAAACUCAGUCAUGACUUAGUUCAUCAUUCACAUCAGCCAAAAGUGGGAGAACAAAUCGCAAAAAUUCUAGAAACAGAGGAAUUGUGUGUUCCUUGUGACAGUGUUAGACUAGGGCCUUCAGAAGACGAAGAUAGAAUGUUGGAUGCUUUUAUUCGCAGAAGUAAACCCACCGGUGAAGAAUGUUGUGUUGAAAAACCAAAACAACUCUUAGCUGUCUUGGAAUUGUUUAUUGAGAAGAGACUUCGAGAAGAAAUGGCUAGAGGAACAAUUCGACCAGCUCACCAAUCAACUCACUCGAAAAAUGUCACAUAUGCUGCACAUCUGAUGGGAUAUAAUCGUAGAAAUGAACAACCCGGAGUUCCUGGAAAUCAGUUUAGUAUUCCAAAGUGGAUCCACAGAGAAGACUUGGCAUUUACCAAUGGUGUAGACUACCGCAAUGGCCGACUAGUUGUUCCUGAGGAUGGAUUAUAUUACGUCUACUCCCAUGUAUCAUUUGCAGAAAAUUUUGGACACAGUAGUUCACUUGAUGCUAGAUCAAACUCAAACAGCCUUUCUCAUUAUCUUUAUAGAUAUAAUAUCAUAUACCGUAAUGGCGGAGAAGAACUUCUGCUAAUGAACUCGUUAACGAAAUGUUGGGACGAAAACAAGCAGUUCGGUGAAUAUUCCAGCUACUUGGGUGCUUUGUUCAAAUUAAGAAGAGGAGAUGAACUUUUUGUGAAAGUGUCAAAUCUGACAAUAAUUGCCACAAACCAUAAAAUUAAUACAUUCGGAUUUUUCCGAGUAGGAGACUUUCUUUAGAAGGGGGGGAAUCUAAAAAAAAAAAAGAAAAAAGGAUGAAUUCGUUUCAAAUUUUGCAUUUUAAGAUGUGUUCAUUAAAAUGGAUAAAUAUGAUUUUGAUGACAUCAAAUAUUUCCCCCCAAAAUGAGAUCUUUAAAAUGUAUGCCUAGGCGUCUGAGGCAGUAAAGGUAACUGCAUAAUUGGCAGUUUAUAAGGUGUAUACUCAUGAAAAAAUCAGUGCUAAAAUAUAAACAAAGGUAGAUAGUUAAUGGUCAGUUCGAAAACUGUAGAUAUUUGUAUAUUUCAGACAGUGUACAAAUGUACUUUCAGAGCUUGAGUUUUCCCAUGAAAUUCGUUUUGCUUGAUAUCCGUAUUUUUUUUGUUUAGUAUAGCAUGUCAUUGAAAAUGACAACACGUUUUCCUAAAAAUACAUUCCAAUAAUAUCUUCAAUAGUAGUAUACAGU